AUGAGACUGGGACCUUCUCACUCUCCAACUGAGAAUGUACCAGUUAAUGCCCCCAAUAUUGUGAAACGAAAACCAGGACGCCCACCGGGAGCAGGGAAGAACCAAAAGAAACAAAUCCCACCAAUGGCUCCAGUACCAAAAAGGAGGAGAGUUCCUCACGCCAAGCCUUCUCCAGUUCGCAAGAAGACAACUAAAAGAGCUGAGAAUGCUACAACUGCGAGAACAAAGGCUGGACCGUCUCAUGGCGGAGAACAUGGCUCAUCUAUAAGUUCAGAAAACCGCCCUAUAUGCAACAUGAUCCCAGCUGCUGCCAGGAAGAGGAUGGAUUUUCGAAUCCACUCCACUCCCGAAGAAGAGUAUUGGCGACAGAGAAGUCGAGUCCUCUGGCUGAGCCUUGGUGAUAAAAACUCUGGCUAUUUCCAUGCAUUCUCCAAGAACCGUAAGAGGAGAAAUGCCAUCACAGUUCUAGAAGAUUCGGAAGGCACACCAGUUUUCAAAGAAGAGCAAAUCGGCCAGGUCGUUAUGAGCUAUUUCCAGAAACUAUUUGAAUCAGUGGAGGGAAACCGAGAAGAGACGGUCAACUAUGCGUUAUCGCCUAUGAUUUCAGGGGAAACAAACGAGCGACUGACCCAAAUCCCCACUGCGAUCGAGAUUAAGGAGGCUCUGUUCUCAAUACAUGCGGAUAAAGCCCCGGGUCCCGAUGGUUUUUCAGCGGGUUUCUAUCACACAAACUGGAAAAACAUUAGAGGCGAGAUUGUUAAGGAGAUUCAGGAGUUCUUCAUUUCCGACAAGCUCCCUGACCGAAUAAAUGAUACACAUGUCUGCCUCAUCCCGAAGACAGACUGCCCAAAAACAGUAGCGGAGUUUCGGCCUAUCGCCUUAUGCAAUGUGUAUUACAAGAUCAUUUCGAAGGUCUUGACAAAGAGGAUCCAGCCCCUCCUGUCGGAAAUUAUCUCGGAAACACAAUCUGCGUUCGUGCCGGGAAGAGCAAUCUCAGAUAACGUCCUCAUCACCCAUGAAGUCCUCCAUUAUCUCAAAACAUCAGAUGCCCAAAAGCGAUGCUCCAUGGCCGUCAAAACCGAUAUGAGCAAAGCAUAUGAUAGAUUGGAAUGGCAAUUCAUUCGGUUAGUCUUGCUCCGACUGGGUUUUCACCAAAAAGUCACCAACUGGAUCAUGCAAUGUGUCUCCACAGUUACAUACUCCUUCCUCAUUAACGGCUCGCCUAGAGGAAGAGUCACACCGAGUAGAGGUAUCCGUCAAGGAGAUCCUCUCUCACCAUACAUAUUCAUUAUGUGUAGUGAGGUCCUCUCGGGUCUAUGUAACAAAGCACAAGAGGAAGGAUCUCUUAAAGGGGUUCGGGUAGCUCGGGGGUGUCCCCGACUAAAUCACCUCCUCUUCGCCGAUGACACAAUGUUUUUCCUUAGAGCAGAUAAGAAAAACAGCGAAACUCUCAGACGCAUUCUGAACCGAUAUGAAACAGCUUCUGGCCAAUCCAUAAACGUCGCUAAAUCGUCCAUAACUUUUUCCCACAAGACCCCUACGGCGUUGAAGGAGACAACAAAGGCAGUCUUACUGAUUCAGAAUGAAGGGGGAACCGGGAAGUACCUCGGCUUACCGGAAUUAUUUGGUAGGAAGAAACGAGAUCUUUUCUCCUCCAUUGUUGAUAGGAUUAAGCAGAAGGCAAGAAGCUGGUCAAAUCGAUUCCUCUCUCCGGCAGGGAAAAUGACGAUGCUCAAGAGUGUACUCUCCCCUGUUCCUUCCCAUGCGAUGACUUGUUUCCAACUACCAGACUCCCUAUGCCAGAGAAUACAGACCGCUUUGACACGUUUUUGGUGGGACGAUCGUGAGGGCAACAAGAAGAUGUCAUGGGUGGCUUGGUCUAAAAUGAUUCGCCCAAAAGAUCAAGGUGGGCUCGAGUUCAGAGAUAUUCAGAGCUUCAAUGAAGCUUACCUAGCAAAGCUCAGCUGGCGUAUCAUCAACAACCCGGACGGUCUAUUAGGAAGAACACUUAUGGGAAAGUAUUGUCCUACAGAAAGUUUCUUAACUUGCUCAGCAAAAAGCGCCAUUUCACAUGGUUGGAGAGGGUUAUUGGUGGGUCGAGACAUCAUCCUCAGUAACGCGGGGUGGGAAGUAGGCAACGGACAGAGUAUCAACAUCUGGGAAAAGGCAUGGCUGGACUGCAAACAACAAAUCAGACCUAUGGGACCUGCACCUGAGAACCUGCUAAACCUGACUGUCUCAGACCUAUUUUUACCAGGAAAAAUAGAAUGGGACGUGGAGAAAAUUAGGCAAGUACUCCCAUUUGAAGAACAGAGGAUCCUAGCAAUAAAACCGAGUUUAACGGGAGCCCCAGACAAGCUAAUCUGGUUGAACACUGAAUCUGGAAACUUCACUACAAAGACGGGGUAUGCAGCAGCUCUCCUGCCACGUGAUACAACGCUUAACCAGAACUUUGAUUGGCGAAAGAAUGUCUGGAAACUUCAGACCAUGCCGAAGAUAAAACUCUUUUUGUGGAAAACGUUCCAUGAAGCUCUUCCAGUGGGAGAGGCUCUGCUGGCUAGACAUAUACAAGUAGAUGGAAAAUGUAAAAGGUGUAAUUUACCUGAAUCUAUAGAUCAUCUGUUCCUUCAAUGUGGGUUUGCUCAACAGGUAUGGAACUCUGCCCCUGUGUUCCCUGCUAUUGAGAUCAGUGGAUCUUUAGAUUUGGAGCUAAAAAACCUAUGGACAAGCCUCUGCUCGAGGAAAUCUUUACCUCCCACGGGAGUGGUGUUGGGCUGUUUGGCUCCAUGGAUCGCAUGGCAACUGUGGGUAGCAAGAAACCAACUCGUAUUCAACAACAGGAUCAUCAAAGUGGAGGAAGUGAUUUUUAAAGCCAUUGCAUCAGCUCGAGAGUGGGGUCACAGUCAAGGAUGUACCACCCAGACUUCAAAGCCGGCGAUCUACAGUCAGUCUGCGUCCACGCCCGGAGUCUGCCUUGUCAAGUCAGAUGCAACAUGGAGUGAAACACAACAGAGUGCAGGGCUAGGAUGGACAAUUGCGAUAAAUGAUAGAACCUCCUCUUAUUCUAUUCCUGCUCGAAAUGUGGCAUCACCGCUAGCUGCUGAAGGCCUCGCCCUCCGGGAGGCAAUAUUGAAGUGUAAAGAGUUGGGACUGCCGAAGAUCAAGUGUGAGUCUGACUCAGCAAUCCUUGUUAAAGCUCUCAAAUCUGGAUCUUUCCUCGCUGGUUUAUAUGGUAUUUUAGCAGACUUAAGGUCUCUGGCUACAUCUUUUGAUGUUAUUUCUUUCAACUGGAUCUCACGUGAGAGAAAUACAGUUGCCGACAAUUUAGCAAAACAGAGUCUGAAUGUUGAAUUUGCCAUUAUGGCUGCACCUAACUUCGGUUAA